AUGGAAAGAAACAUAGCUAACGAAGAACACAAGCUUUUUAUAACUAACAUUCCAACCAGGGCUAAAAAGCAAUUAGUCUACGAAUUACUCACACAAGUAUCAAAGAUUGACCAUCUUUAUUACAAUCAAGACAAGGGAUAUUGCUUUGUGAGUUACAGAACACAUCAAGAAUUGGAGUAUACUUGUAAAGUUCUUCAGGGUGUUAAACUGUAUGGAAAAAGACUAUAUCUCAGUAAAGUUGAAGAGCAGGCCAGAGUUGUGGUUAGAAAUUUAGGCCAGGAGAUAGAUGAGGUUUUCCUUUGGGACGUUUUCAGCAAGUUUGGGGCGUGUCACGUGGAGAUGGAGAGUGAAGGCCUGGGGAUUGUUGUAUAUAGAAAAAAGGAUUCUGCUAUCAGAGCUGUAAAUGUGGUAAAUGGAAAAGUCAUAGGAUAUUCCAAGGUGCUUGCAGAGAUUGAUAAAUAG